CCUGUAAUACUGAUCUUCAAUAUAUAUCGACAAUGUAAGGAUUUGGCGCAUCUCAUUACAGGGUAAUGUGUUUCUUAAACAGGAACUCUGUUUCAGAAAGUGGUGAGGACACCCAGCGAAGAGAAAUAAUACUCGUGGGAUCUUCUUAAACUUGCAAAGAAGAUCAAAGAUAUAAGACAUAUCGACGAUUUAGGAUAGACCUCUUGAGAUAUCUGCGUGAACUAAUGUGAAGGUAAUCCUCCACGCAGUUUUGUCUUAUCCUACGAUUGCCGAUCAGCACCUUUAAAUACUAAAAUACACUGAUGUUUGUGGGAUACCUUCAAACUUGACGCAAUCGCACGACUAGGAAUGAUACGUGACGGAUCAAUAGUUUGCACGAUUCUUUGUCUGUUGCACAACCCAUAAGACAUCGCAUUUCCCACAAUCAAAGUUCUGUAACAAUGAUAAUAUUAUCAGAAGCCUGAUCACCCGACAUCUCCAUCCAACGUUGUCCCACAGAAAUACUGAUUAUCGAAAAAUCAAACUCUCAAGCUGCUGGAAAAAACAAAAAACAAUCAUACUCAGUAUUCAAACACACCAUUCCUCGUUGACGUAGAAUCCGCCAGCUAAAUAAAGCUCGGUACACAGAUUCCGAAGUUUAGCUUGAGUUUGCAUUGUAACUUAGCAAUCUCAGACGAAGAAAAAUCGCCAUUUUUUUCUCUUUUUGCGUCGGUUUUGAUCGAUAGUUGGAUUCGAUAGGUUAUGACUGGGUUUUCAGAAAGGACGCACGGUAUUGAGGACCAGGAUGAUAUAAUCAAUCAAACAGAGCAAAUUUUUCCUUUUUGGUUCAUUCCCCAGCAGAUUUGACUACUGCUUACUAAAUACAACAAUCAUCUAUCGCAGCGUAUACAAAGUAUAUCCCCGCCUACUAAUCUUCAAACCCAAAAUCACCAGCAUCGCCCAGGAAGUCGAGAUUCCCCUCCCCGUUCAUCAACGCGUCGACAUCCAGACGUCCGUUCGUCAGAUACUGCUCGCUCACGCCGACGUUGACUCUCUGGCUAAGCAGACUUUUCAGCUCCGCCCUCAAACUCUGCAGUUCACCCUUGGUCAUAUCCCUGGCUUCUUUUUCCUUUUGCUUGCGCCCGCUACCGCGUCCGCGCUUGCCUUUGGCUUCCUUCUCGAAGCUUUCGCUGUCGUAGUCGACGCCGAGCUCUUCGGCGGCGGCGCGCAUCCAGUCGUCCUCGCUGUGUUUCUUCUCCUUCGCAAUGGUCGCGUCGGAGAGCUUCUUUGAGAGCACGGCUCUAGGCUUCAAUUUUGACACGAUGCGACGGUCAAUGUCCAGGGUGCGGAUGAAGAAUGCAGUCUUUUUGGAUUUGGAAGGCUGGUUGGUAGCGCGUGCGUGGACUUUUGCGACCAAUCGCCUGACGCCGGCGACUUCUUCGGGACCGCAGAUGAGGAUGCUGGAGCCUGAGGCUUCGCCACGCGCCGUACGUCCCGAGCGGUGCACGUAGGUGUCUGCUGCGCGAGGGAGGUGAUAGUGUACGAUGAGUUCUACGCCGGGGAUGUCGAGACCCCGGGCGGCGACAUCGGUAGCGACGAGGAUCGAGCCGGGUCGUUGCGUAAAGCGUUCGAUGGAUCGUAGACGCGCUUUUUGCAUCAUGCCGGAAUGCAGAGGGAAAGCCGGGAGGUUGAGGUUUUGCAGGUACGGCGUCAGGCGUCGCACGGCAGAAACGGAAUUGGUGAAGACGAGAGCGCGCUUUUUGGGGUGGUAAAGGAGAAGGGAGUAGAGGUAUAAGUCUUUUUCGGUUCCUGCGCACUCGACCAAGCCUUCUCGCAGACCCGAAGCCAUUUGGGAUGCGGGGUUCGCGUCGAUGAACUUGGGCUUCUCUUCCCGGAAUUGGAUCUUUUUCAUCAAUUUUUGCUGCAGACCUUUCUGGAAUGUUGCGGAGAAAAUCAGAGUUUGUCGAUUCAUCUCAGUGGGGUCGGUAUCAUGAGCGUUUGCAUUCUCUUCGUCGGCUUCGAAAAUCUUGAGGAUUUCGCUAAACUCUUUGUAGUGACCUUCACUCAAGAGACGAUCAGCUUCGUCAAUGACGAGGAAGCGGACGCGUUUGAACGAUUCCAAAAGACCUUGACCGCUGCUGAUGACCUCCCAUAACCGGCCCGGAGUACCUAUGACGAUGUUUGCUUUUUCGAGUUGACGUCGUUGCUUCUGCACGGAUAGACCUCCAGUGACGGUGGCGAUGAAUGGUGCAUCAAAAUCACCACCAGAACAGAGAUUCGUUAGAUGCGCCGAAAUCUGAUGUGCCAGCUCUCGGGUGGGCGAGAUGAUCAAAGCAAGAGGUGUACUCUUUUUCGAGUCAGGCAACGAUGUAAGAAAGUGGUCCAAUAUCGGGAUGCCAAAAGCUAGAGUCUUUCCGGAUCCAGUCGAUGCUUUGCCGAUAACGUCGCGGCCGGCCAGAAUUUCCGGGAUGGAAGAGACUUGUAUAGGGGUUGGUUGAGCAAAUUUGAGGCUUGCUACGGCGUCCAAGGUGUUUUUAGAUAAUCCCAAUUCUUCCCAAGCAGAGAUAUCCACCUCUUCUUCAUCAUCUUCCUCAGCCGUCCGGUUCGCUAGAAUAUCAAAAGCGCCGUUACCGAAGGAAUCCUCUUCGUCUGGCUCCUCCUCUGAUGGCUGGUCCUCUUCUUUUUCUGCUUUGGCCUUUGCAACAGCCUUCUCUUUUUCUCUCUUCUUCUUCUCCUUCUUGCUGAGCUUCACAGUUUCGUGUUGUACUUCUUCUGCAUCGUUGAUGUCCUCAAUAUCGUUCUCCUUCAAAAUGUGACCGUUUCCUUUCGACUGCGAGAUAUCGUCUCGGGAUUCAUCAUCAUCCGAGAACCCCUCCCAUGAAUCCUCUUCCUCAUUGUCUCCAUUUUCCUCUGGCACGAGCUCUUCUCCAUUAGAUUGCGCACGCAGCCUUUCAAGCUCGGCCAUUCUUUCCUCUUCGGCCUUCUUGCCUUCCUCUUUCUCCCGCUCUAAAUCCUCAUCUGUCCGCGUCGUCGCAAACGAAACCUGUCCAGUUCCGCUAUCCUUCACCACCUCUACAUCAUCAAUUUCUUCUAGUCCGUAAAACCCUUCAAAGUCCUCCAGCCGAUCAGGCAUAGACACUUCUUUCCAUUGUAAAUCGUCGAGGCGUAUUUUGCGACUGGCAGCCUUUCUUUUCGCGGACGGCGCAGCCGAGGGGUCGAGUCUUUGUCGCUUGGACGCUUUGGAGGGCGCCUUCUGAGAGCCGCGAUCGCGUUUCAUCUUUUCUCGCUGCGAAGUUGAUUUCGGUGGUUCUUGUUUACGAGUUUUGCAGCGCUGGGAUUUUUUUUUCCUGGCGAAGGGAAAUGGGUCGGAGGAUCGGUAGUAGCAAACCCCGCUGCGGCGGCUAGCCUCUUCGAGUAAGCGAGCAUUCGAAGAUUGUGACUCCAUUUUGACAACCAAUGUAAAACUUCUAUAAGGCGUGGGAUCGAGAAUUGACGUACAGCACCAUUUUAAAAAGGAUAUAAAAGAGUGCAUUGCUACUCAUGGGAAAAUCUUCCAAAGAUAAGCGGGAUGCCUACUACCGCCUAGCAAAAGAGGAAGGUUGGCGAGCCCGCUCCGCCUACAAACUUCUGCAACUGGACGAAGAAUUCAAUCUCUUCGAAAACGUGACUCGUGUCGUAGAUCUCUGCGCCGCGCCAGGGAGUUGGAGCCAAGUGCUGUCGCGAGUGCUCAUUCAGGGUGAGAGAUUUGGGCGAGCUGACUGGGAAGAAAAACAAAAAGAGACGCGGCAUUACACACAGGGCACCGCAGACAACUCAGCGCCCGCUGUACAAAGCCCGCAGGCCACAGCGGAGCCAGAGAAAAAAGAGAAGGAUGGAAAGAAUUCUAAAUCGGGAGGUGGAGUCAGAAUCGUGGCCAUCGAUUUACAACCUAUGAGCCCUCUCGAGGGUGUCACGACACUGCGAGCAGACAUUACCCAUCCGUCUACCAUCCCCCUUAUGCUUAAAGCCCUGGAUCCGGAUACAUACGACCCUAAAUCAUCAUCAACAUCAACCCCCGUAGACCUCGUCAUCUCGGACGGCGCGCCCGACGUAACAGGACUCCACGAUCUGGACAUUUACGUGCAGAGUCAGCUGCUAUGGGCAGCGCUCAAUCUCGCGCUCUGCGUGCUCAAACCAGGCGGGAAAUUCGUGGCGAAAAUCUUCAGAGGCAAGGACGUCGAUCUGUUGUUCGCCCAACUGAAAAUCGUGUUUGAGCGAGUUAGGGUGGCCAAGCCACGAAGCAGCCGCGCGAGCAGUAUCGAGGCUUUUGUCGUGUGCGAAGGGUUCUGCCCGCCCGCCGGCUUCAAAGCAAGUUUGGACACGCCGCUCGGUGCUGGAACGCUCAUCCCGGAUUCCGCAGAGUCUCGAGGGGAGGAAAUCAAGGCAUCGAGAAGAAUCAGAGAUGAUGGGGUGAUGGAGAUAGACCUUGGGCCCGAGGACGACGAAGCGGAUGAUGUGGAGGCGGGUGGACAACGGUGGAUCGCCCCAUUCCUGGCUUGUGGAGACCUCUCUGCUUAUGACGCGGAUGCCACUUACCACCUCCCCAAGGAUCGUGUCAGUCUCGAUCCUGUGCAGCCGCCCACUGCGCCUCCGUAUAAGCGUGCUCUGGAGAUGCGGAAGCUUGCUGGCGGAGCGUAUGGGAAGACAAAAGGUCGGGAAGCGCAGCCUUGAAGCGAUAU